GAAUCCGCACCCGGCUUCCCCCGAUUGGACAAGAGAGCCGUUGGCGGCAUGCCUCAACUGACGGACACGGAUUCGCACCACAGCUUUCCAGCACACAAACCGGUCCUUCGGCCUCAGUCAUCCACUGGCUCCGGCGGUGGGAAUUUCACUCGUUUGUCCAACAUGGCCCCGGCUGACCUCCCUCAAUGCCCCUAGGCCGGUCCCCCAGGUGGGUCCUCUUUUCUUGCCAUUCCUCCAUCCAGCUCCAGUUCUCUUUCUCUCUCUCUCCUUCUUCCUCCAGACUCGACCUUUGCCUCACUCCAUCCAACCCUUCCAGUCCAACCUUCCAAUCCCUCCUCAAACCAUCACAAUGGCCUCCCGUGUCUUUGCUUCCCGUCUGGCUUCCCAGAUGGCCACCAAGGCUGCCCGCCCUGCCAUGCGUGCCCCCGUUGCCGCUGCCAAGCGCACCAUCACCACCGGCAGCCCCAUGCAGGCCAUGAAGCGCCAGACCAUCCAGGCUGCUGGCCGCAACGCCUUCCAGGCUCAGCGCCGCGCCUACUCUUCCGAGAUCGCCCAGGCCAUGGUUGAGGUCUCCAAGAACCUGGGUAUGGGUUCUUCCGCCAUCGGUCUGACCGGUGCCGGUGUUGGUAUCGGUGUCGUUUUCGCCGCCCUCAUCAACGGUGUUGCCCGCAACCCUGCCCUCCGUGGCCAGCUCUUCUCCUACGCCAUUCUGGGUUUCGCUUUCGUCGAGGCUAUCGCUCUGUUCGACCUCAUGAUUGCCCUGAUGGCCAAGUUCACCUAAAUUGCCUCUCGAGAGAUUGGAAAAGCUCCGGCCAUUGGAUGGAGCAACUAAUAUAAGGGGACGACGUUGGACCGUCCGCCACUUGGGGUUUGAUGGUUUUUCAAAUGCAAUUGGAGUGCCAACGUGCACGGAAAAAACAAGGAAGUGCAUCAUAGACGGUGUUAGAGGUUGGGGAAGGUGGUCAUCGAUGAAAAUGGUGUCCUCUGUCUCAAUAGAUCUUGGGUAACGCCC